CCGAGCAGGAGGGGCGCCACGGCGGGCGGCCCGCGCGGCCCCGGAGCCAUGGGCAAGUGCAGCGGGCGCUGCACGCUCGUCGCCUUCUGCUGCCUGCAGCUGGUGGCUGCACUGCAGCGGCAGAUCUUUGACUUCCUGGGCUACCAGUGGGCUCCCAUCCUGGCCAACUUCCUGCAUAUCAUGGCAGUUAUCCUGGGCAUCUUUGGCACUGUGCAGUACCGCUCCCGGUAUCUCAUCCUGUAUGCAGCCUGGCUGGUGCUCUGGGUUGGCUGGAAUGCAUUUAUCAUCUGCUUCUACCUGGAGGUUGGACAGCUGUCCCAGGACCGGGACUUCAUCAUGACCUUCAAUACAUCGCUGCACCGCUCCUGGUGGAUGGAGAACGGACCCGGCUGCCUGGUGACCCCCGUUCUGAACUCCCGCCUGGCCCUGGAGGACCAUCAUGUCAUCUCUGUCACCGGCUGCCUGCUGGACUAUCCCUACAUCGAAGCCCUCAGCAGUGCCCUGCAGAUCUUCCUGGCACUGUUCGGCUUUGUGUUCGCCUGCUACGUGAGCAAAGUGUUCCUGGAGGAGGAGGACAGCUUUGAUUUCAUUGGUGGCUUUGACUCCUACGGAUACCAGGCGCCACAGAAGACGUCGCAUUUACAGCUGCAGCCUCUGUACACGUCUGGGUAGCUUCCGACCCGCGCCCACUCCGGCACCCCGCCCUUGGAGGCAGGACUGACAGUGACUGCGGGGAGCUCCGGCCAAGAUGGGCAAGCUCGCCCCCUGGCGUCUUGUGGACCGAUUGCAGCCUGCGCGGCCUCAGCCGCUGAGCAGUGGAAGGAGCAGAAUGGACUUGGCCCUACACAACCCGGACUUCUGGGGCCGGACCGGGGGAGGGCAUCGCGGGGUUUGUAUUUUUUUUUUAUCUCAGCCUUGGCAUAUGCCAGGGCCUUCUUCCCUUCUCCAGUCUACCCCUUUCACCCUUCACCCAACAUCUUGCCCUUGUCCAGAGAAAAACAGCAGGGCAGACAGACUCACCCCAUCUCUUCACUCAUUCACCAGCCUUGGUGAAAGCUACUGUGAACUAGGAGCAGGAGUCCUGGGUUCCAAUCGCAGCUCUGUCACUGACACCUGGUGUGAUAUGUGGCAAAGCCCUUGCCCUCUCUGGGCCUUCGUUUCCCCACUCCAAGUAAUUAAAAUAAUCCUUUAGCAGAUGGACUCUUCUAGGCUUCUCCUUUGACUCUCAAUCCCCUGGGCUAGGCUGGGAUUGUAAUCCCUACUUUCAGAUGUGGAAACUAAGGCCCAGAGAUGUAAAGUGAUUUGCUUGAAGCCACACAGGUAAACUUGCGGUGGAGACAGGCCUUGAACACUGUGUACUUUGUCAUUUCAGACUCCAAAGCCCAGUGCCUCCCUCUGGGUUCCAUUUGCAAGCCCCCUUCCACCCUGGGCACUGUGCCACACACACACCACCACCCCCCCAUGCCAGCACCUCUCUUAAAGCAAUACACCCAUUCGUUCUCUCGUUGGGAACCGGAUGGGCAGAGCCCAAAGCCCUGAAUUCAUUCUAACACCCAGUGAAGCCUUCCUAGACUUAGCCUCCAUCCACCCUUGGCAAACCUUCAAAGCCCCCUUCUCCAGGGAAAUGGGGCUGCAAGUCCCGCUAUGCCCUUCCAGGUCCUUGAGACCAGGUCUACUGCACCCAGGAUCCCGUUCCCUCCUCUCCCGGCAACCCUGCCAACCUCUGAUGGCUCCAUCCACAUCACCACUGUGGUUCCAGAGGGGAGUGUGGUGCAUGCCUGUGAUUCUAGCACUUGGGAGGCUGAGGCAGGGACAUCACCAUAAGUUCAAGGCCAGCCUGGGCUGCAUAGUGAAACCCUGUCUCAAAAAAACAAACAAAAUGCCCAGAAGGAAUUCUGAAGGGGCAGAAUGAGGGCAUGGAUAAUAGAGGUGUAUCAGAAGGACCAGCACUCCAAUCUUCCUGAGGGGAAAUAAAGGUGAGAGCACUUCUUCACCACCUCCCUGCACAGGCACCCCUGGGGAUCCUGUAACCUAGCACUGCCUGAUUCGUCCACAGAGGAGAAGGUCAGGGUGAGCACCCAGGUCUGUGCAAUGGGAGCAGCCCAGGGUUAUGAAGGAAGAUGGGAGACACAGGGAAGGCGGAGGGAAACCCAGACGGGACGGUCUGCACACCUGAGCCUGUUUGUGGUGACCGUGGCCCUUCUCCUCACCCGAUCUUGAUCUAGAAUGGCAACCCCACCCCACCACCCCAUCUGUAGUGCGGUGUGACUUUGGCCACCGCGGGCACUAAGGCACCAACCGGUCAGCCUAACCAGUGCUGAGUACAGCUCAAGAGGGGUCAGUUUUCAUGGAGCUGGGCCAAGCCCCUGGUACUGGUCCAGCUCCUGCCUGCAGCCCUCACCCCUCCCAUCCUCAUUCUCCAGGCCUCUUCCUACUCAACGGGUAACCCACUGGUGCUCUGGAGCUGUUUGUUUUUAUAAACUGGUUUUCUCCAGGAGACCAGGUUCUCUUCUCACUGGAACCUUGCUAGGCCAGGAGUGUUCCUCUGGCUUCUGUGCAAGUGAGUUGAUUAAAGACGGUGUUUUCUUUUCUGUC